AUUAGGUUCUGGGCGAUUACCAUUACUCACACAGGUCUUGCCGCUUCACGCUUCUUCUUUUGCAGAAGAGAAUUGGUAGCGAGGUGAAUGAAUUGAGCCUUGUUUCUCGCUAAAGUUCAAUCACUCUGAUGUAUGCCAGGAGUACCGCAAACUGGAAUGUUGUGCGUAACAUACUCCCCCCAAGGGGUGACAUCAAGUAAAAGAGUCUUUCAGUGGCCACCUGUGAAUUCUUUGACACUAUGUAUGUUUGUUGGUGAAACUCUUCAACCUGGAGCCACUUUUUGAGCUACAUGGGUAUCGGCAAGCGGUCCCAUAACCACCGAACGCGUACACCCACCGCCGCAAGUGCUCCUGGAAAGGUAUAUCCAGCGCAGCUUCUCAAUUAGUAGGCCGCUAUGGGUAUCCUUUUGAGAUUUUAGCCGAACCCCAAGCCAGGGACUAUCCGGGCAUUCGAUUGCAUAAAUACCCACCAAGGCUCCAUGGUCUUCUCAAGCGGUAAUAUGAAUCGCUUUGGAACCCGCAACGGGAUUCAUCAAGGUUGUUGGGCCUGUCGCACUCGGAAAAAGAAAUGCUCGCUCGACCCCUUGAAUCUGGGGUCUUGUGAUGAGUGUAAGAGGCUUGGCAUCAAAUGUUGUGGAUUUGGAGCCAAACUAACAAUGGUAGCGUAUUGUGCUUGUAUGCCUUCUCUUCCCAUUGUUAGAAAUCCCUGUUGUGGGAUGACUCUUAUGGGCGGCAGAUCUGAACUUUGAAUGUUAUCAUAGGACAAAGAGACCCUCGCUGAAUUCAAGAGGGAGAUAAAGAUAGCGAUCAUGCACACCCGCAUGGCUCAACGACGAGCUCGAGCAUCGCGCGCCACUCCGCGUGGACCCCGACCUAAUGCUAACAUUCCCGGAGGUCCAACCGGCGGCGCACAUGUCAAUCUUUAGCAGCUCUGAAGUCAUUACGCCUUAUGCAUGUCCAGGCACAUAUGACGAUGCACGCCCUUCUAGUCCUGUUCGUUCAUUAGGCAAGAUCCCAGCCUUUACUAAAGCAGAUUCGUCAAUUCCCAUGGAAUGAUCUCCGGGAUAGGCUGCGCCACGUGGCACUUCAC